UAGGGGAUCCAUAGGGCACCUAUAGAACCAGAAAGGGGUGCUUACCUAAGGCACCCAUAGGCUCUAUAGGGGGAUCAACCCCCCCUUAACAACCCCUCUUUAUCCCAACAGGUCCCCCCAUGGGGGGGGGGGGGCUGUGGCACCACCACCACCUCCAUUGACACCCCCAAAGCACCACUGAGGACCCCCCCCUUCAAACUCCCCUAUAGCUCCAUAGGGGGGCACCCCCCCCCCGUAUUGAGGUCUAUAGGAGCCAACCAUGGCCACGGACUUGAGCCCCACCAAAGCCCCCCCAAAGCGCUUCUUCCGCAAGAGCGUGGAGCUGCUGGAGGAGGAGCGGGGCCCCCCCAGCGAUGGAGGGGACCAAGAGCUCCGGGGGGGGGUCCCGGGGGGGGCUUCGGGCAGGGAGGAGGUGGAGGAGGAAGCGGAGAUGAAGGCGGUGGCGACGUCGCCGGGGGGCCGCUUCCUCAAGUUCGACAUCGAGCUGGGCCGCGGCGCCUUCAAGACCGUCUUCAAGGGCUUCGACACCGACACCUGGGUGGAGGUGGCCUGGUGCGAGCUGCAGGACCGCAAGCUGACCAAGAUGGAGCAGCAGAGGUUCAAGGAAGAGGCUGAGAUGCUCAAGGGGCUGCAGCACCCCAACAUCGUCCGCUUCUACGACUCCUGGGAGUCCACGGUCAAGGGCAAGAAGUGCAUCGUCCUGGUCACCGAGCUGAUGACCUCGGGCACCCUCAAGACGUACCUCAAGAGGUUCAAGGUGAUGAAGCCCAAGGUGCUUCGGAGCUGGUGCCGGCAGAUCCUGAAGGGGCUCCACUUCCUGCACACCCGGACACCCCCCAUCAUCCACCGGGACCUCAAGUGUGACAACAUCUUCAUCACGGGCCCCACGGGCUCCGUCAAGAUCGGGGACCUGGGGUUGGCCACGCUCAUGAGGACCUCCUUUGCCAAGAGCGUCAUUGGGACCCCCGAGUUCAUGGCGCCGGAGAUGUAUGAGGAGCGCUACGACGAGUCGGUGGACGUCUACGCCUUCGGGAUGUGCAUGUUGGAGAUGGGCACCUCCGAGUAUCCCUACUCCGAGUGCCAGAACGCGGCGCAGAUCUACCGCAAAGUCACCAGCGGCAUCAAGCCAGCCAGCUUCUCCAAGGUGACCGACCCGGAGGUGCGGGACAUCAUCGAGGGCUGCAUCCGGCAGAACAAGGCCGAGAGGUUGUCCAUCCGGGACCUGCUGAACCACGCGUUCUUCGCCGAGGACACGGGGCUGCGCGUGGAGCUGGCCGAGGACGCGGUGGGGCCCGAGCCCUGCCUCGCGCUGCGCCUCUGGGUCGAGGACCCCAAGAAGCUCAAGGGCAAGCACAAGGACAACGAAGCCAUCGAGUUCAGCUUCAACCUGGAGGCCGACGUCCCCGAGGAGGUGGCCUACGAGAUGGUGAAAUCCGGCUUCUUCCAUGAGAGCGACUCCAAAGCCGUGGCCAAAUCCAUCCGGGACCGCCUGGCCGUGGUCCGGAGGAGCCGGGAGAGGAAGCAAGCCGAAGGUCGGGCCCCCGCCGAGAGCGAGGACACCGAGGUGGAUCAGCACGUGCGGCAGCAGCUGCUCCAGCAGCACGCAGCCGAGGGGCUCUUGGACACUGGACCCAUGGCAGAUGCCGCCAGCAGCCGUGGUCUCCUUGGGUGCUACCAACCAGGCCCCCCCCAAGAUGGGGCGUCCCCCCCUUGUGCCCCCCACGUCCCAUUGCAGGUGGAGGGGACAUCGAUGGACGUCACCGGCGGUGCCACCGUGGUGGGGCUGGAGCUCCCCGGUGGGGACGGGGAGCUGGGGGUGACGCGGAGCUGGGCAAUGGCACCCAUGGGGCUGGCACGGCCACAGCCAGCACCGGGGGCACCGGGGCCUGGGAUGCCACCAUCAGGUACCGGGAUGCCACCAGCUCCAGGGAUGCCACCACUGGGUACCGGGAUGCCACCAUCAGGUACUGGGAUGCCACCAGCUCCAGGGAUGCCACCACCAGGUACCAGGAUGCCACCAUCAGGUACCGGGAUGCCACCAUCAGGUACCGGGAUGCCACCACUGGGUACCGGGAUGCCACCAUCAGGUACUGAGAUGCCACCAUCGGGUACCGGGAUGCCACCAUCGGGUACUGGGAUGCCACCAGCUCCAGGGAUGCCACCACUGGGUACCGGGAUGCCACCAUCAGGUACUGAGAUGCCACCAUCGGGUACCGGGAUGCCACCAUCGGGUACUGGGAUGCCACAAGGUACUGGGAUGCCACCAGCUCCAGGGAUACCACCACCGGGUACCGGGAUGCCACCAUCGGGUACCGGGAUGCCACCAGCUCCAGGGAUGCCACCACUGGGUACCGGGAUGCCACCAUCGGGUACCGGGAUGCCACCAUUGGGUACCGGGAUGCCACCAUUGGGUACUGGGAUGCCACCAGCUCCAGGGAUGCCACCACCAGGUACCGGGAUGCCACCAGCUCCAGGGAUGCCACCAUCAGGUACCGGGAUGCCACCACCAGGUACCGGGAUGCCACCAUCAGGUACCGGGAUGCCACCAUCAGGUACCGGGAUGCCACCAGCUCCAGGGAUGCCACCACCAGGUACCGGGAUGCCACCAUCAGGUACCGGGAUGCCACCAUCAGGUACCAGGAUGCCACCAUCAGGUACCGGGAUGCCACCAGCCCCAGGGUUGCCACCAGCUCUGGGGAUGCCAGCCCUAAGUGGGAUGCCAGCAGCCCAAGGGAUGCCAGCAGGUCCGGAGAUGCCACCAGCAAGCGGGAUGCCGUUGCCCACCGGGAUGCCACCAGGGCCAGGGAUGCCAGCACGAAGCGGGAUGCCACCAGUCCAAGGUGGUCCGGAGAUGCCACCAACGAUGGGGAUGGCACCGGCUCCACCUGGGAUGCCACCAGCCCAAGGGAUGCCACCAGGUCCAGGGAUGCCAGCAUCCAUUGGGAUGCCACCACCGAUGGGGAUGCCACCAGGCCAAGUGAUGCCGCCAUCCAUGGAGAUGCCAGCCCCUAUCGGGAUGCCCCCAUCCCAAGGGAUGCCACCAACCCCAGGGAUGCCAUCAACCAUGGAGAUGCCACCCGCCGUUGGGAUGCCACCUCCGUCAGCAGUGCCGCCGUCCAUGGGGAUGCCACCAGGUCCAGGGAUGCCACCUCCAUCUGGGAUGCCACCAGCCAUAGGGAUGCCACCAACUAUGGAGAUGCCUCCAACCAUGGAGAUGCCACCAUCCAUAGGGAUGCCCCCAUCCAUAGGGAUGCCACCAACUAUGGAGAUGCCACCAUCCAUAGGGAUGCCCCCAUCCAUAGGGAUGCCACCAACUAUGGAGAUGCCUCCAACCAUAGGGAUGCCCCCAUCCAUAGGGAUGCCCGCACCCAUGGAGAUGCCACCAACCAUGGAGAUGCCCCCAACCAUAGGGAUGCCCCCAUCCAUUGGGAUGCCCCCAACUAUGGAGAUGCCCUCAUCCAUAGGGAUGCCCGCACCCAUGGAGAUGCCCUCAUCCAUAGGGAUGCCCCCAUCCAUAGGGAUGCCCGCACCCAUGGAGAUGCCCUCAUCCAUAGGGAUGCCCUCAUCCAUAGGGAUGCCCGCGCCCAUGGAGAUGCCCUCAUCCAUAGGGAUGCCCCCAGCUCCAUCCCCGCUCCCCCUCCCCAUAGAGAUCCCACCUCCCCAUCCCCCCCCCCCAGCCGCCCCCCUCCCACCCCCCGACCCCCCGGACCCAACCCCCUCCCUGCGCGUCCCCGAGGCCGCCUCCACCCCCCCGGACGCCGGUGGCCGUGGGGACCGAUGGCGCCAGCGCCGCGCUUCCUGCCCGCGGCCCCGCUUCCAGCUCACCGCGCUCCAGGUCUCCUCACCGGGGGACAACACGCUCGAGUGCCAACUGGAGACCCACGACUGCAAGACGGUGACCUUCAAGUUCGACGCCGAUGGGGACGCCCCCGAGGACAUCGCCUCUUACAUGGUUGAGGACAACUUCGUGUUGGAGGCCGAAAGGGAGAAGUUCGUGGAGGAGCUCAAGGCCAUCGUGGCGCGGGCGCGGGGGCUCCUCGGUGCCCCCCAUGUGGACCCCCAGGUUGGAGCGAUGGAGCCGGCGGCGAGCGAAGGGGCCCCCCAAUCGUCCCCUGUGGGUCGCUGGAGGUUCUGCAUCAACCAAACCAUCAGGAACAGGGAGGCCACCGGUCCUGGGGGUCCCGCAGCCCCUCGCCGAGCCCUGGGCAGCUCAGAUGCCGGUGGCCCUCAAGCAGCAGCAAUGGGGCCGGAUGGCGCAGGGCUCCCCACGCCCCAUAGCCCAGAGGCCGCUGGCCCCAUAGAGCAUGGGGUCGGUGGCCCUCGAGGGCAGGAGGAGGCCGUCCCCCAGCCUGGGGUCCCUCGAGGCUUUGGAGCACCCCAAGAGCAGGAGGACCCCGAUGGAGAGGGGGGGACGGGGCCCAAAGGCCCCCCCCAAGGCCCCGGUGCUGUGGGGCAGGAUGGGGCUGAGCCACCGGAGCCCCCGGGACACCGGGAGCAGGGGGGCGGUGAGGCCGGAGCCUGCCAUGGGGCCGGGGACCCCCAGCACCAAGAGCCGGAUGCGACCCAAGGAACGGAGGUGAUCGGCACUGAGCCCCCCACGCUGGAUGGCCCCCCCCCCUCCCGUGCCCCCGGUGCCUUCGCCCUUGGCUUCAGCUGCCCCCGCCUCAAGAACCCCGUGGGGAGGAGGGGCUGGGGCCGCCGCAUCAAGACCUGGGCCCGGCGCCUGCGCCCGCCCCCCCCCGCCGGGAGCCCCCCCCGGGCAGAGGAGCAGCAGGAUCUUGGGGACCACUCUGGGCCAGGUCAUUGCCAGCCAUUGCACCCCGAAUCCGCGCCCCCCUCCCAAAGCGAAGGCGAAUGGGGGGAUCCCAGCUCUGAAAGCGAAAGUGGGGGGGGGACGGGGGGUCCCCCCCAUCCCCCCGGCGCCCCCCCGCGCCCCCCCGGGUCCCCCUCGUCCCCCAUGAGCAGCGAUGGGGACACGGACCCCGAGGACCAGGAUCUGCGCCUGGAGCUGCGGCGGCUGCGGGAGAAGCACAUCCAGGAGGUGGUGGCGCUGCGGGCGCAGCAGGACCGGGAGCUGCAGGAGCUCCACGAGCGGCUCCGCGCCCUCAAGGAGGCGAGGGGGGGGCCCCAGCAAUGGGGGGGCCCCCCCAAGGGGGACCCCGGGGGACCCCUCCCCCACCCCUGCCCCGGGGGGUCCCCGCGGAGGCUGCGGGGGGCAAAGGGAAGAGGAAGGGGCAGGGGGGGCACAGGUGGGGGAGGGGAAGGGGGGGAAGGGGGAGGAUUUGGGGUUAUAAAGGGGGGAUUUGGGGUAUAA